AUGAUGCUAGUGAGAGGCCGUACUAUUAUUCUUUGUAUCGUCGUUACCGAAUUGUGCCUCGAAUACUCGAGUACGUUCAUUUUUGCAGUAGAUCUUCGUAGGUUUGAACAACGUACCACAAAUGGUACUUCUGGUUAUGGAGCCAGGUUCCGACGUUCGGACUCAAGUGUGAUCGUGCGCCAUUUGGGAGACGGGCAGUUGGAUCGGUCAAAGUAA